GAAGAGAGAGUCGCGGGCAGCCCCGGUGCGGAGGGCAGGGCGGCCGGACGGCAAAGGCGGAGCCGCGCCUGCGUGCGUCAGGCCCCCGCUGUGGCAACUCGGCAAAGUUCCGCGGAGGCUGGGCGAGCGGGCGCCUGGGAGGAGAGCCGAGAGCGAGCCGGAGCUCGGGCAGGAGGACUCAAGGCGCUUUCCCCGGCGCGCACGGGGAGCGCGCCGAGGAAAAGUUUGUGGCGCGGGCGGCGGAGCUGUGGCGCCGGCUUCCCAUGGAGGGAGCGCAGCCCGAGCCGGAGAGAGGCAGCAGCAGCGGCGGCGCGCAGCCCUGAGCGGCAACGGCGGCGACCGGUUCCCGAGGUGUCUCCAUGGUGUCCCCUUGUCGCCAUGGCCAAAUGGCUGAAUAAGUACUUCAGCCUGGGCAACAACAAGACCAAGAGCCCCCCGCAGCCGCCGAGGCCGGACUACCGGGACAAGCGCAACGGCACGGCGGGCGCGCGGCGCAGGGCACCACAACCACCAUCACCACCACAACAACAGCCACCACCACAGCCACCACCCACGUCGCCGUGCUUCCCGCGCCACGACACCAGCGACCUGCUGCGCGCCUACCGCGCGCAAAAGGAGCGCGACUUCGAGGACCCCUACAGCGGGCCCGGCUCGUCGCUGCGCAAGCUGAGGGCGCUCUGCCGCGCCGAGUACUGCGCGCCCGAGGAGCUGCUGGUGGAGCCGCCCGGCGGCGGCGGCGCCGGCCCCAAACCCUUCUCGUCGGCGUCGUGCUGCGGCGGAGAGGGCGGCGGCACCAGCGGCAGCAGCCCGGCCGUGGCGUCCGCUUCGCCGCAGCUCUUCCGCAGCCACAGCGAGCGUCGAGCGGCCACGCCGCCCGACGCCGCCGUCAAGUACAUCUCGCCCAAGCACCGGUUGAUCAAGAUCGAAAGCGGCGAGGGCGGCAAGGGCAGCGGCAGCGGCAGUGGCGGAUCCCCCGUCACCUGGAGCCCGUCGGGAAGCGGCCACAAGAAGCUCAACAAGUGCCCCGAGCAAGCGGAGGGGGGCAGCGGCGGCAGUGGCGGCUCCGGCACCAAGAAGGAGAAAGUCCUAAUAGCCGAUGACUACUCGGACCCAUUUGAUGCCAAAAGCGAGGGCAGCAAGACAGGCAAAGGAGAAAACACUGGCUACAUGGAACCAUAUGAAGCCCAGAGGAUCAUGACGGAAUUCCAGAGGCAAGACAGUGUGAAGCCCCAGCAGAAAGACAUCCAGCUGUACGACACACCUUACGAACCUGAAGGCAACGGCGUGGAGUCGGAUUCGGAAAGCGUCGUGAGUCAGCGCUUGAGAGAGAGCAAGUUGCCACAGGACGACGACAGGCCUGCAGACGAGUACGACCAGCCGUGGGAGUGGAACAAGGUCUCUAUUCCAGCUUUAGCAGCCCAGUUCAAUGGGGGAGAAAUGAGGCAGUCUUCACCUUCCCCGUCUUCGAACGACCGGCGUCGACAGCUUCGAGCACCAGGGGGAGGCUUCAAACCUAUCAAGCAUGGUAGCCCCGAAUUCUGUGGAAUCCUGGGGGAGAGAGUGGAUCCAACCAUCCCACUGGAAAAACAAAUAUGGUAUCAUGGAGCAAUCAGUCGGACAGAUGCAGAAAACCUCUUGCGGUUGUGUAAAGAAUGUAGCUAUCUAGUGAGGAAUAGUCAAACCAGCAAGCAUGACUAUUCACUUUCAUUAAAGAGCAACCAAGGGUUUAUGCAUAUGAAGCUGGCGAAAACCAAAGAGAAAUACAUUUUGGGCCAGAACAGCCCUCCGUUUGACAGUGUUCCGGAAGUGAUCCACUAUUACACUGCAAAAAAACUCCCAAUAAAAGGAGCCGAACAUUUGUCGCUCCUUUACCCUGUUGCUGUCCGGACUUUAUAAUUUUGCGCUCUGGCCCGUGCUCCUCCUUCCUGUGGAUUGGAGAUGAGGGAUGCAGCAGCAAAAAGUGCUCCUGCACUGUCUACAGCGUUGCUUCUUGGGACCGAUGCCCAGUCCUGCCUUCCCAGUAGCAGGCUGUUGUAUAGUAAUCAUUGCACUACUUUGCAUGUCCUGUGUGGAAAUAAUGGUUUCUAUUUAUAUGAGAAAGAAAAUGCAUUCAGCCGCUUGAAGAAAUACAGGAAUACCGCCCCCUCCCCCACGUCAAUGGAAAAGUUGCCAAAUCCAAAGAAUGGCCUUCAAACUUUCCUGAGAUCAGCAAGCCAGACAGCUUCUCGCCCGUGCGCACAGAAUAUUCCACGUAACGACGCGGAACCUGGAAAAUGGACGCAAAUUCUUGUGGCAGGAAGGCUGAGCAAGAAACGGCCCGUUGGCCUUCCUCAACCCUCAAGGCCCGAGAACUGUUUAUUAUGCACCCAACCCCAAAUUUGUGUCGUCGUUUUUUCUGCACAGUUUAAUUCAACAUGUGAGAGCCUCACUUUUGUUUUGCUUUGUUACAACAAUGAUGUGAUCUGAAAAUCUCGAUGAGUAUUUUUUUGCGACAGCAAAACGAAAACAAACAAACAAAAAUGUUCAGUUAUUUAUGAAUAGGGUAUGUACUAAAAUAGUGGUUUAAUAUAUAUAUAUUUUUAUCCCCCUUCCCCUUUUUUUGGUACAAUAAUAAAGCUCUAAGGGUUUUCUGUGCUGAUUUCUAGAUUAAAGGCAGUGAGUUCUGUUU